AGAGCAAAACGCCACCGCGUCACUUUGAGGACGGAUAUCGGCCUGUCCUCAUCCUUCUCCUGCUUUACCUCUCAUCCUCCUCCUCCCCUUCCCUGCGCGCGCGCGCUCUCUCUCUCUCGCCUCUGGUCUUCAUCAGUCUUCAUGGUUCUGAUCUCACCCCGUGCCAUGCAAGCCACCCGGGCGUCCACCACCGUCAGUGUGUUUGCGGACUGCAGCAUCCCGGCGGGACUCCGGAUUGGGCCGGUACCUGGCAUCUUCAAACUGGGGAAGUACGUGUCGGACCGCAAGGAGGCUGGGCCAAAGAAAAAGAUCCGAUUAGUACGAGGGGAUUUUGUCGACGAGUCCGGCUGCCCCGUUGCAGACUGGAUCGGAUUCAUCUGCGCAGCAAGGAACAGCCAGGAGCAGAACUUAGAAGCUGUUUCAGACUUACCUGGUGGACAGAUAUUUUACCGCGUGCUGAGAGAAAUCCCGGCAGGAGAGGAGCUCAGUGUGUGGUACUCCAACGUUCUGGCCCAGUGGUACGACAUACCCACCACGGCUACUCCCACACACAACGAGAAAGGUGAGGAACGAUACAUCUGCUGGUACUGCUGGAGAAUAUUUAAAUACCCCAACACGCUCAAGGCCCAUGUUCACUUCCACUGCGCCCUCAGCAACGGGCGGGGGUACGUGCACAGUGACCAGGCAAGAGGCAUCGAGUCUUUCAGCAGGUCACCAAAAUCCGGAGACAUUCCCAACACCUCCACUUCCCCGAGGAGCAGUCACAGUAACUCCUCCGUUUCAGACUCGGGCAGACGGGCGGUGUCCUCCUCCUCGUCGUUUCUCAACAAAACGGGACUGUCAAAAAAAAGUAGCUCCGAGGAGCAGGACAGGGCCCUCGACAUGAGCGUCACAUCAGCUAGACACCAGGGACACCUCCUCGGUCUGGGCACGACGUCCUCGGUGCUGGGCAGCAUGGGCUUCCAUCCGGGCGUGCGCUCCGCCUUCAAACCUACAGGCUUAUCCAAAGUCCUGGGCGCAGAAGCUUCCAGGGAGGAGGCCAACGGGAAGCUGAGCGGGCUCGGGUUCAGCAAACUCAUAGGAAGCAUGAAACCAAUCCGCAGCAUGGGUGAGGGCCUCAACGGAGGGUCGAGUCACCCUCCAAAAGUCGCACCUGCUCUUAUGGACUCCGCAUCUCAGAUGGUUCCCUGCGCAAAUCCUAUCCGGGGCUUCCCGUUGCUACCACAUGUGGAGGAAACAUCCGCUUUUAAGCACGUGGAGUCACGGAUGCAUUCCGGUCUGUCCCCCUCCCGGUACCCGCAGAUGCCCCCCGGACUCCACUUUGAACGCUUCUCUCUUCCCCACUUUGACGGUGUGAAAACAUACAGCGGAGACUGUAACAUCCCGCUGAUGCCCUUCACGGUUUAUAACGGGGAGCUCCUGUACAGCUCGCCCUACUACCCACUCAAGUUUCACUUCAGCAACCUCCUCAAGUACCCGGACUCCAUGCCAUACUUUGGUACCCCCUCUCUGAGCCAGGACCUGGGCUCCAUCACUAAUAUAGACCGGGAGAUCGCCAUGCACACGCAGCAGCUUUCUGAGAUCGCCGCGGAGAAGAAUCGUACGCGCCUGGACUCCAUCCCUGCAGGGAGCACGGGCAGCACCGGGCCCGGAAAACCCAAAAAGGGCCACCUGUGUCUGUACUGCGGGAAGCUGUACUCGCGGAAAUAUGGGCUGAAAAUCCACAUGAGGACUCACACCGGCUACAAGCCGCUCAAGUGCAAAGUGUGCUUCAGGCCCUUUGGAGACCCGAGCAACCUGAACAAGCACAUCCGGCUCCACGCGGAGGGGAACACCCCAUACAGGUGCGACUUCUGCGGGAAGGUGCUGGUGCGGAGGCGGGACCUAGAGAGGCACGUCAAGUCCCGACACCCCGGGCAGACUGUUAAGAAACUGGACGAGAAACCGGGCGGCCUGUUUGAGCACGCGGAGCAGAAGAGCGAUAACGACAGUGAUGUGGACGUGUGCUUCACCGACGAUCAGAGCGACCAGGAGUCGAAUAAAAACAACGACUGAGCUGUUUUAGUGGGUUUGAGAGAGAAACAUUAUUCUAGUCUCACACAGCAGUGUCUGAACAACAAAAUGAAGAUUUGUUUUUUUUGCUGGCGAAUCGUUGCCUUUUGGACUUGUUUAAAUUAACACUAAUAAUAAUAAUAAUAAUAAUAAUAAUAAUAAUAAUAAUAAUAAUAAUAACAAAAUGAUGGCGAAUAGAAUAAAAAAUAAACAGUCGCAGACUUUCCCCUUGUCUCCAGUGCUAAUCACCAAGAUCACAUUUGUCUCCACACAAACAAAACCUCCCUCUCACUCAGACACAUGCAGAACUAUGCAGCUGCGCAAAGCCACAACAAUAACAUUUACGGGCUUUCAGAAAUGAAACAACAGCUGAGUCUAAGCUGUCAGGGCCAAACGUGACGCUUAGUAAUUUACACGCCCCGCAGAGUUAAAACUAGAAGCACGAUUCUGUUUUACUCCAUGGAGAAAAAUUUAUGAAAUGACUGAGGAAAAAAUAUUUGAUCCAUAAAACAAAAAAGAAAAGUAGAAAAUUAGUCUCUUUCCUAUUAAAUACUGUGAUAAAUAGAAAACAAUUAAAAAGUAAUUUUACUUGCAUUUUGUUGUGAAUAUUAUCCCCAUAUUACCCAUUAAACUGCACUUUAAAACACGUUUCAUCUCCACUGGUCUGCAGACAAAAUUCAUAUUGUAACAAAUCUCUCCCUUCUUCUCUCAAACUCUCUAAUUUGCACUUGACGAAUCGUCACUGUUUUGUUCUUCAGGAAGCAGCAGCAGCUUCCAGUUUAUUUAAAAGGAAAAUGUUUUACCAGAGUAAUAAAAUGUAUCGAUUGCAGUUAUAUGUAAAGUAUUUGUAAAAAUAUGAUAUUUGACAUUUCAGUGCUGUAUUACUGUGACAAUAAGUGGUGUUGUUUAGGAGGACGUUAUUUUAUUUCUAAUUAUUAAGUGGUUGCUUUUUGAAUAAAAUAAACUGAAAACUGAGGAAAAAUGUGUCUGGAGGAUAUUUUGUAAACAAGGUGAAAAUACAGAGUUUUCUCUGAGCUGGGACCGUGAGAUGAUGAUUUAGAUAGUUAAAUAGACCAAAUAAAUAAGACAGAUGGGGGAAAAUCAAAUUCAAAUCCAAAGGCUUUAGGAAGAAGAAUUUCUGAAAUAUUUCCCUUUUUGUUUCAAGAGGGUUAAAAACAAAAAUGUCUACAAAAAUGCAGUUCAUUAAAUACUGUUUAUUUGCUCACAUCUUGCUCAUUCAUCAGGACGUGUGUCUUAACUUUAUUGCAGCUUUUACGUUAUGUAAAAUAAAAUAAAAAAAAUCCCUGCAGCUGCUUUAUUUCUGCCACCCAAAUGCAGCAACAUUUUGUCAUAUUUCAUAAAAUUAAUACAAUUGUUUUAU